GUCCCUGUGUGAGUCUUUGUGUCCCUGUGUGAGUCUUUGUGUCCCUGUGUGAGUCUUUGUGUCCCUGUGUGAGUCCUUGUGUCCACACACUGACAGAAGGGGGACACACAGACCUGCAGUCCUCUGGGUGGUCUGACAGGAGCAGCAGGAACUUGUUCUGGGGCAGGAUGAGGGCGAAGCAGCUGUCCCUCCGGCCCCCCGGGGGUAACCUGGGCAGGUCCAGGAUUUCCCGGCCCCCCACCACAGCCCGGCAGCCGGACUGCAGAUCCACCACCUGGUCCGGGGGGGACUCUGUGUCCCGGCAGACCAGCAGGCUCCCCUCCACUGUCAGGACCAGGUACUUCUCCUUCCACUGCUUCAACAUGAAGCCUCCUGCAGACAAGAAGCUAACAGCUGAAGAUUUGGAGUUUGAACGCAGCCCCGGCACCAUCAUCUCGUCCCUGGGCAAACCCGUCUCUUUGCGCUGCGACCUGAAGGGUAGCGGGGGCGAGGAGGAGGACCCCCCAGAUGUGGUCUGGCUGAGAGACGGGGUCCAACUUCUGUACGCUGACACCAACCAGGUCCAAGUCCCCACAGGCAGCAACAGCUGGACCAUCACCAGCACACUCACGAUCGAGAAGGUACAGCUCCCCGACAUGGGCUCCUAUAGAUGUGCCGUCUACUUAGAGAACAACCAGACCCUGUCUGAGCAGGGGCGCAUCCAGCUGGAGGGCCUUCCUCAUUUUUCCACGGAGCCUCAGCACAUGUCCGUCGUGGCAAACGUCUCGCUGAGCCUCAGCUGUGUGGCCCACGGACCUCCGGAGCCGGUCAGAGUCAUCUGGCUGCAGGACGGAGCUCCGCUCAACAAGUUGGAUGAUCCCAUGUCCCUGUCUCCGUCCACGCUCAACCUUACAGGUCUGAACCGGACCAGCACCUUCUCUUGUGAAGCUCAUAACUACAAAGGCGUGGCCACCUCAGGUUCUGGUACCAUCACAGUUCUGCCCGCACCGCCUCAGAACCUGACGGCCGCAGGGAUCAAUCGGACCGCGCUGCGUCUGUCCUGGCGGCCCGGCUUCGCAGGAGAAUACUCGAUCACCGGCUGCUCUGUUCAGGCCAAGGCGUUGGACGAGUCCUUCCUGGCCGGUCCAGAUCAGCUGAUCCACGACCAGAAGGUGAGCGUCCCCCCGGCCGCCCACCUGAUCGGGGACCUGGAGCCCCACAGCCGGUACGCCGUCAGGGUGUCCUGCCACAGCAGCCAGGGCUCGUCCCACUGGUCGCCGUGGGCGGAGCUACGCACCAAAGAAGGAGUGCCAGAGAACCCUCCAGUUAAYGUGACGGCUAAACCAAACGGGACGGAGGUGCUGGUGAUGUGGGCGGAGCCUCCGGGGAAGCUGAACGGAGRUCUUCUGGGCUACGUGGUGGAGUACAGCACACCUGGUGCACCGCAGAUUGUUGCUGAUGCCGGGUUAGACAAUGAGGUGUCAAUCAAUCUGUCUGUCCCCCUGUCCAAUGUGUCUUUUCGAGUCUGCGCCUACACGGGGGCAGGACAAGGACCCUGGAGCCCCACACAGACCCUGGUCCUCAUUUCACCAGAAACGGGAAGAUUUCAAGGUACAUCGACCCCUCCGGCCUUCUCCUGGCACUGGUGGUACGUGGUGAUGGCCAUCGCCAGCAUCGUGGCCCUCGCCGUGCUCGUGGCUGUUUUCGUGGCCAAGCGGCGCCGCAAAGAGACGCGCUUCGGAGAGGCGUUCGAGCCCAUGAUGGAUCGAGGGGAGCUGGUGGUCCGGUACCGAGCUCGUCGCAGCUACAGCCGCAGGACCACAGAGGCAACAUUGAACAGCCUGGGCAUCAGUGAUGAGCUGAAACAGAAACUGCAGGACGUGAUGGUGGACAGACACAAACUCACUCUGGGGAAAACUCUGGGAGAAGGCGAGUUCGGCUCAGUGAUGGAGGGGCUGCUGACUCAGGAAGAGUUCGUCCUCAAGGUCGCCGUGAAGACGAUGAAAAUUGCCAUCUGCACGCGGUCAGAGAUGGAGGACUUCCUGCGUGAAGCUGCCUGCAUGAAGGAGUUCGACCAUCCCAACGUCAUGAGGCUCCUGGGUGUGUGUCUGCAGACGGUGGAGAGCGAAGGGUACCCGUCACCUGUGGUCAUCCUGCCCUACAUGAAGCAUGGGGACCUGCACAGCUACCUGCUGUACUCCAGGCUGGGAGACUGUCCCGUGUACCUCCCGUCUCAGAUGCUGGUGAAGUUCAUGACUGACAUUGCCAGGGGGAUGGAGUACCUCAGCAACAAGAACUUCAUCCACAGAGACCUGGCGGCUCGAAACUGCAUGUUGAAUGAAAACAUGAACGUCUGCGUGGCCGACUUCGGCCUCUCCAAGAAGAUCUACAACGGGGACUACUACAGACAGGGCCGGAUCUCCAAGAUGCCCGUUAAAUGGAUCGCCAUCGAAAGCUUAGCUGACAGGGUUUACACCACGAAGAGCGACGUGUGGUCGUUUGGAGUCACCAUGUGGGAAAUCGCCACUCGAGGACAGACUCCUUACCCCGGCGUGGAGAACAGUGAGAUUUAUGAUUAUUUGAGACAAGGAAACCGUCUCAAACAGCCUCCAGACUGCCUGGACUCCAUCUACUCCUUGAUGUUCUCCUGCUGGCUGCUGAGUCCAAAGGACCGUCCUUCCUUCGAGACCCUGCGCUGCGAGCUGGAAAAGGCCCUCGAGGACUUGCCGGAUCCYCAGGAYGCAGACGAGAUCCUUUACGUCAACAUGGACGAGUCUCCCACGGAGCUCGGGGCCGUCGGCGGUCGAGACCCCACCAGAGGUCCUUCGCCCCUCUUCCUGAAGGGACUGGAGUCCGUGACCACGGCCGAGGUCCACCAGCCCAACCGCUACGUCCUCUGUCCGCAACACGAGACCAGCCGGACCCUCUGCGACUCCCUGGAGAGCUUGGACAUGCCGGUGUCGUCCUCCACGGCCACGCUGCCCCUGCAGCCGUCUCGCCACGACACGCCAAACCCCACCCCGACCUCCGAGCUGAUGGAGGACCGGGACGGGUCCAGGAAACUACCCUGGCAGUGAAUUAAUGAACUCUUAAUGGAAAUCACUGCCAGUGUGUGCUGUCCAAGUCCAGAAACAAGACCCAGAGUCCUGCAGAGUCCUGCGAGUGUUGCUACUGACUGCAAGAAACGCUGCGCCUCACCAAACAUGUUUUUGCACAAAUAAUCUUCAAAGGAAGUUAAAUUAUCCCCUUUUUCGUAAACCCAACUUUUAUAUGAUGAGCACAUUUCCAAGUGAGUUGAGGGUUUUCAGAGUCCUGCAGGUAAAUCAGACCUGUUCAGACCUGGUACUACAAGGURUCUCAGGUGACUCGUUUUCAAAUGAACAGCUCUGAUGGUGUUCACACCUGGCAGGUAGUAAUUCAUAUCACGUCAAUUACCUGCUCAUACUAAAUAUUAAUACCUCAACUCUGAUGCAGUUCAGAAACAGAGUCACGUUUUAAUGAGAUUAUUWACUUAUAAGAGUCCUGCAGCCCAAUCCAAUAGCUUAAAUCUGUGCAGAUAAAAGGCUUCAGAUAUGGGAUAAUUAUAUUUAUAUGAUAAUUUUAUAGGUCCAACAAUGAAUAAUUCUUAAAAAGAUCUGUAUUCUGUAAUAUUCCAACGCAAUCUGACAUCUGAGAGUGGAUUUUUWAUGCCAGGUGUGAACUAGGAGAGUAACAAUACACCCAUCUAUAUCGAUCUGAACUGGUAAUGAUUCAAUUAUAUCAAGGCAAAAUGAAACUUUGACAGACUUUAUGAUAUUGAGAAUUAUCGAAACAUCAUCCAAACAUAUUGAUGUUAUAUCGUAUCAUGAUAAAGCUGGUGAUUUACACCCCUAGUGUGAACAGAACCUCAGUCUCUCAAUGUUUUUUAGAGCUGGAUUAAGCUCCAAAAACAAUCCAGUUUCAGAACUGAAACCAGCUCUGACACUGCCACAGACUGAACCAAUCCAACGGACCUCAUUUUUUAUCUUCAAACGUCUCCUUUAAGACUCGUUUUAGGAUAUAUUUGUAAAAUAUUCAGACUUUUAAGAACACCAAAAGCAUUAUUUUUGUUAUAAAGUUUAUAAAAUGAUCUCAGUGUUACAAAACUUGUCUUGCAGUAAAUCUGGGAUAUUUUCAUCAACUUUACCUGCUGCUCCUUUCCAGGUCCCAGGGAGCUGGUGUCCAGGUGUCCCUGUGAGAGAGGCGGGGGACACCUGGACAGGUCCAGGUCCAUGACAGGGACACAACGAGACAAACAAUCACCCGUUCGUCUAUAAACUAUUUAGAGUUACUGACAUAAUAAUAAAAAAUAAAGGUACAGAUAGAAAAACCCAACAAAAAUAAAGAGAGCUUUUGUUUCAAGCACAGUGUUAUUCCACAUUAUGAAUUUUUAUGCUGAUUUUUUGUACAACUUUGCACUAAUGUUUUUUUUCUAUAAUUGUUUAUAAAUGGUUUUUUGUGUUUGUUUUUUGGUAAAAUUCUGCUGAAGCCCUUCAUCGGAACGGUUCACACGACAUUUUUCWGAAAACGCCAGAGAACGAGUGCUGAGAGGAAAACGCUGCAGGUUUUUGUCUGUAAAUAAGCAGAGGUCGUUUGAACACUGAGGUGAAACCGUGGCUCUCCUCUCGUUCYGGGACCUCUGACACUAAAUAAAAUCCCGGCAGCGUCGAGGGAAACACGGCAGCUGAAACCAGAGUCGCCAGCUGUAACUUUGCAACACGCGUGCACUUAUAUUUUCCUGUAUGUUUGUAUAUAAACGGCUGAUUUUAGUUUUUUGGGAGCAGAUAAAAGUGCUGUUUCUUUGUGAGCAUCAAAGGUACACAGAAAACCAUUUUCCAUUCUGUUUACACGAUGAGAAUUACAGAAARUGGUGCUGAGAUCAGAGUUUCACAUCUUUACCAAGUGCCUUCAAAGAGCCAGUAUUUUUACAUUUAAUGAACGUGUUUUUACUGUUUCUGGUGUUUUUAUAUUCUUUUUUAGGGAAUAUUGUACUAUAACUGCCUUCUUAUGGCCACAGCCGUAAUUUGUAAACAUUUUUAUACAGUUUCUACAAUAUUUUCACAAAAGAAAUAAAGAAAAUUAAAYAGC